GUGCCACCCAAAUUGUUUGAUGUGGAGAAUCCACAGGAAAGGUCUCUGAGGCCCCCUUCUGCUGACUGCAUGACAAACUCCAAAGGAAAUGCCAGUUGUGAUGGCCCGGGACCUGGAGGAAACAGCAUCAUCCUCAGAGGACGAGGAGGUGGUAAGCCCAGAGGAUCAUCCGUGUAUCAUGUGGACUGGAGGCUGCAGGAGAAUCCCAGUUUUGGUGUUCCACGCUGAGGCUAUUCUGACCAAGGACAACACUAUCCGAGUCAUUGGAGAACGCUAUCAUUUGCUCAUACCUACCUCGGCCCCACUGAAAGUUCACCCAGGUAGCACUGAUUAUAACCUCAUGUGGACAGGAUCCCACCUGAAGCCCUUCUUACUUCGCACCCUCUCUGAAGCACAAAAGGUUAAUCACUUCCCCAGGUCUUAUGAACUCACCCGGAAGGACCGACUGUACAAAAACAUCGUCCGAAUGCAGCACACGCACGGGUUCAAGGCUUUCCACAUCCUCCCGCAGACCUUCCUCCUGCCAGCGGAGUACGCGGAGUUCUGUAAUUCCUAUUCAAAGGAUCGGGGACCUUGGAUAGUGAAACCAGUGGCCUCCUCUAGGGGCCGGGGCGUCUACCUGAUCAACAAUCCAAACCAGAUUUCCCUGGAAGAGAACAUCCUGGUCUCCCGUUACAUUAACAACCCCCUGCUCAUAGAUGAUUUCAAGUUUGACGUGCGCCUCUAUGUGCUUGUGACCUCCUAUGACCCUCUCAUCAUCUACCUCUAUGAAGAAGGAUUGGCCAGGUUUGCAACCGUGCGAUAUGACCAAGGAGCCAAGUACAUUCGGAACCAGUUCAUGCACCUGACCAACUACAGUGUGAAUAAGAAGAGUGGGGACUAUGUCAGUUGUGACGAUCCUGAAGUGGAGGAUUAUGGGAACAAGUGGAGCAUGAGCGCUAUGCUGAGGUAUCUGAAGCAGGAAGGCAGAGACACAACUGCCCUGAUGGCCCACGUGGAAGACCUAAUCAUCAAGACGAUUAUCUCGGCCGAGCUCGCGAUCGCCACGGCCUGUAAAACCUUUGUUCCCCAUCGCAGCAGUUGUUUCGAACUGUAUGGAUUUGACGUGCUCAUCGAUUCUGCUCUGAAGCCGUGGUUGCUGGAAGUGAACCUUUCUCCUUCUCUGGCCUGCGACGCACCUCUGGACCUCAAGAUUAAAGCCAGCAUGAUUUCUGAUAUGUUCACUGUUGUCGGAUUUGUGUGUCAAGAUCCUUCCCAGCGGGCGUCCACCCGGCCCAUUUAUCCCACCUUUGAGACUUCCAGGAGAAACCCUUUUCCAAAACCACAGCGUCCAGUGUCUGCACAGUUUCACUCAUCAAAUGCCAAGCAGCGUUCCCGUCCGCUCUCUGCCAGCGACGCAGAAAUGAAGAACCUGGUGGGCUCCGCCCGGGAGAAGGCGCCAGGGAAGUUAGGUGGUUCUGUGCUUGGUCUGUCCAUGGAGGAGAUCAAAGUGUUACGGCGAGUGAAGGAGGAGAAUGAUCGGAGAGGUGGAUUUAUUCGAAUAUUCCCUACAUCAGAGACAUGGGAAAUAUAUGGGUCCUACCUCGAACACAAGACCUCCAUGAACUAUAUGCUGGCAACACGUCUCUUCCAGGACAGGGGAAAUCCAAGAAGAAGCUUGUUGGCCGGAAGAACACGAAUACCUUGUGAUGGAACUCUCGAAUUGAAGGUUGAGAGUAUGAAUUCAAAGGCCAAGAUGCAUGCUGCUCUUUACGAGCGGAAGCUCCUGUCCCUGGAAGUGCGGAAACGUAGACGACGGAGUGGCAGAUUAAAAGCCAUGAGGCCCAAAUACCCAGUGAUUACCAAACCAGCUGAAAUGAAUGUUAAAACUGAGACAGAGAGUGAAGAGGAGGAGGAAGUUGCAUUAGACAAUGAAGAUGAAGAGCAAGAGGUGUCCUUGGAGGAGUCUGCAGGGUCCCUUGGAGAAAAUCAAGCCAAAUACACCCCCCCACUGAGCGUUAUGGUAGAAAAUACGCCCAAAGAAGCUUCUUUGAAAGUUUCCGAAUGGAGUAAAGGUGACCAGAACUGCAAAAUUGAAGCUCAGGAGCCAGAGCCUAAAUUCAACCUGAUGCAGAUUCUCCAAGACAAUGGAAAUCUCAGCAAAGUGCAGGCCCGAAUAGCCUUCUCUGCCUAUCUCCAGCAUGUUCAAAUCCGCCUGAUGAAAGAUGGUGGAGGUCAAACGCUCAGUACCACUUGGGCCGCCAAAGAGGAUGAGCAGAUGGAGCUGGUGGUUCGUUUCCUGAAGCGAGCGUCAAGCAACCUCCAGCAUUCCCUGAGGAUGGUGUUGCCCAGUCGACGGCUGGCACUCCUGGAGCGCAGGCGAAUCCUGGCCCAUCAACUGGGUGACUUUAUCAUUGUGUAUAACAAGGAAACCGAACAAAUGGCGGAAAAGAAACUGAAGAAAAAACUGGAGGAGGAAGAGGAAGACGGCGUGAAUACAGAAAACUUUCAGGAGUUCAUCAGACAAGCAAGUGAGGCUGAACUGGAAGAAGUGUUGACUUUUUAUACCCAAAAAAACAAGUCUGCAAGUGUGUUCCUGGGUACACACUCCAAAAGCCUGAAGGCCGGCAGCAGUCACUCUGACAGCGGGGCAAAGGGCGGUUCUUGUCAUCCAAACAAACAUCAUUCAGCAGUGGCCAGAGUACUGCGAGAGGGAGAAGAUAGUUCUUCCUGCAACAAACGGUACAGCCAAAGCAUGGUGACCGCUGAGCUCCAGCGGCUCGCCGAGAAGCAGGCGGCCCGGCAGUAUUCGCCAUCCAGCCACAUAAGCCUGCUCACCCAGCAGGUAACAAACCUGAAUUUGGCCAGUGGCGUCAUAAGCAGGAGCAGUGCUUCAACUCCCCCUACCCUUCGGCCCGUCAUCAGCCCGAGUGUCCCGAUGUGGUCAACACAGUCAGACCCCCAAGCUCCUGAGGCUCAUCCCAGCCCUCCUGGAAGCAGGAGCCUCCAGACAGGUGGCUUCGCCUGGGAGGGAGAGGUAGAGAAUAACGCGUACAGCAAGGCCACGGGGGUGGUCCCCCAGCACAAGUAUCACCCCACCGCGGGCAGCUACCAGCUCCAUUUUGCUCUGCAGCAACUUGAACAACAAAAACUUCAAUCCCGGCAGCUUUUGGACCAGAGUCGAGCCCGGCACCAGGCGAUCUUUGGCAGCCAGACACUCCCUAACUCCAAUUUGUGGACACUGAAUAAUGGUGCAGGCUGCAGAAUUUCAAGUGCCACAGGUAGUGGCCAGAAGCCAAUCACGCUGUCACAGAAAGUGGUGCCACCUCCAAGUUCAUCCUCCUCCCUGGUCCCUAAACCCCCAUCCAAUCACAAACAAGUCCUCAGAAAGUCAACGACAUCCCAGAGACCUUCCAAAGGCUCCUCCGUAGAAGGGCUGCCGAAUGGACUCCAGAGCAGCCUUAACUCCGCCGCCCUCGUGCCCUCCACCAGCUCCGCAGAUCCUGUUCACACUAAAUGAUGAAUCACACUUGGAGGAAGGACAACACACCCUGAUCCUGGUCACGUGGCUGAGAGUGCUACAGGGGCGCCGCCAUGUUUGGGGUGGGGGCUGCCCCAGAGUCCCCAACUGUCUUCCAGCCCAAGUGGUGGGAGGUGGUUGCCCGUCAGCCAGGCCAGACUGGCUGGGACGACGACAAAGCAAAGCAGCUGGGUUCUGUUGAGCCUUGGCCAUGGGGACGUCACUGACGCACUUCCCUGCCAGGGCACCUGUGCUUCUAGACUUCCUGUAUUCCUCCCGCUCCCCAACCCUGCUACCCAACAGAGGCGAUAUAAACCAGGCUCUUUGGCUAUUUGCAUUUGGCUUCCGCGUCUUUUCCAGAUUGCAGUGUUAAAGCUCUAUCUUCUCCCCAUCACCUCCUACCAAAGGCCUGCAUCCCUUUCCAAAGGGGUGAGGGGAGAGGGGACACCCCCUCACCCACUGCCCCCCGUAUUGCCAGGGACUCCGUCUCAGGGUCAAGGAGAGGCACUGCUGACCAAGGGAGCCAGGGAAAGGCAUCCUUUGGAAUUACUAAUUUCUAAGAUUAAUAAAAUAAUUCUAUUUUUA